CUUGUAAUAACACAAUGAAUAAAUUGCGUGUCGACCUACCAUAGGCGGCUCUUAAGCGCUGCUGACGGAGGAGCCCGCGCGUACUAACGACAGGUACUCAUGCGAUGUGCUACGCUUAAAAACGGAACCUUGUGCGCUCCUUAUCCUAUUUUAGAGAGGGAGCGUACAGUGCGCACUGUCACGCCGGAUGACAGCUUCCGAAUCACAAGUGACAACGAAGUUAUAGGCGCCCGCAUUUGCAUAAUUGGUCGCAUUCUUCGCGAACCGUGUGCGGCCAUACAGUCGUUGCGCGUUGCUGUAAAACGAAAUCGGUGGAAAUAGAAGACGUGACUGCAUUUCAGAGCUUACACGGCGCUAAGUUAUUACAACGACUAUAACCAAUAGCUCGUACUACCCACAAAAGUUGCAGCCACAAAUUACAGGUAGGCCUAUUGGGAGCCGCAGGUGCGAUCAAUAAACGCAACAAAAAGAAUGCUGACUACUUUCGUAGCGACCGCCGCGCUGUUCCAUAUGAGCAAAAUCCACCGCAAUUCUACAGCAGAUACAUUAAUGGCAGCUAUGCAGGCUGUGGAGCGCCCACUCACCUUUAAACAUGAUCGUGCUCUUCGACCGCAGAGCUAUCUCCAUCCUUUUUUUUUUUUUCUCUUCACAUGGUGCGAUCAAUGCAGCGACACACACUCGACGAUAUGUAAAGUCCGCAUCACUAUUGGAUACAGCACACACUGCUCACAAGUCGAUCUCACAGCAGACUGUACGCUUCCAUGAAAAAAUAAUGCAGUCGCCAGUCAGGCUGGAACUACCCCAACCAUCCGGAGGCCUCUGCCCACAUUUUGGACUUGCCGAAGCGAGACCUCACACGCUCAAGCUACCUCGCACACACCACCACAACGAAACAAAUUCCAAGGGCAACGAAAGCUAUUUCUUACUUAAGCAGGAACUAGAGAAAUAUGGCGCGAAAGUAUCAUUUCCCGCAGCAAAUGGUAUCAGUUUCCCGUAAUACCGCAGUUUUUAGACAAGUGAAUGACAAACGCAUAAGCGGAUGUGAUGUCUGGAGCGCGGGGGCGCGAGGGUGGCGAGGGUAGGUCAUUUCCGGCUCAUGGUUUAUCAUGGCGAAGGAGUCGUGAUGGGUGUCCGUUAUUGAACUCAUUGAACUUGUCGUGUAUACGUUUUUUUUAUUUUCUUUAGAUUCACAUUGUCGCAUGUCGCUGACAACGGACAGACCAUGUAACGAAACUCAGCCGGUACUCCGCUUCAACCGUGCUGCCAGCUUGUAAGCUUUGAACAUUAUUUCUCUCAAAUAUGGUCCAUGCGUCGGGGUCUCAGUCUCAGGUGGUUGUUGAAACACGGCGUCAGUAGUUAUGAGCAUAUAUCAAGAGACCUUGCCGCCUUUCUCAGUAGGUAUUACGGCACUUCAAGGAUACAUAACGGCCAUUUAUUCAUUCAUGUACUCUGAGUCGCGCAGUUUCCGUCUGCAUUCAAAGGUUAGCGACACUUGUAUGCACUUUCUCGUUAGAGCGGUUGCACAGGUGUGAACAUAUCUGUAUGGGAAGCUGGGCCGACGUUCCAAUGCACUAUUGCUAUCAAAGAGAAGUCGCUUCACACGUUUCAAAUUACAGGACCAACCCGUAGAAACGCGCGAGGCAACACGAAACUGAAGACUCAGAAUGCACUUUUUUUUUUCUUUUUCGGAUAACAGCUACGUGAAGCGUCGUCAUGAGCUGGUUGCGAGCGAGCCUGCGUCGAAGCAGGCCACCCAUACUACGCAAUGUGGAGCCCGAGACUGUCAUCGAGGCCUUCAGGAUGCACUGGCUUCGCGCCCUCGAAGUCAUCGAGAAGUCGAGUGGUGGCACUGUCAUGCCCACUGCCGAUGACAUCACAGGUGUGCUCAACCAUUUGGACCAGAUGGUCAACUUUCUCAUUGACGAGGCCACAAGUGCUGAAGCAUCCAUACCAAAUGGAGGAAUGUCCCCGUCGUCAGUGGGGCCUAUACUGGACUACAUGCUCAUGGAAGGUGUUCUGGAUCGACUAUUCCAGUGGUCCCUGUACACUGGGGAGUUCCUUUCAAACCUCAAGUUGGAGCAACUGAGGAUAUACGAGGUUCUCGUGAGUCACUCCCAUCAUGAGCUGCUGCUGCAGCAGCCCUUCCUGCGGCCCCUGCUGCAUUUGCUGGCCUCGUGCACUGACUGUGCCCCACUUGAGGUCGAGAAGCGCCUGGUGGUGUUGCUCAACACCCUCUGUGUCAGUCUCUCCCAGCAUCCAGACCUGCUGGAGGUAUUCUUCAGUGCCAGCUCCAACCAAGGGCCCGCCAGUUCGACUCUGCGAUUCCACUUUUGCACGACCGGCGAGUGUUUCGACAACUUGCCUGCUCCAAUGCUCACAGGGACGCCUACAGGGGGGUUUCUCAUCUUCUCCCUGCUGAUUCCUUUUGUUCAUCGAGAAGGUGCCAUUGGACAGCAGGCUCGAGAUGCGCUACUCCUGUGCAUGGCUUUGUCACAAAAAAAUGAAAGCAUUGGUCUCUACAUUGCAGAGAACUCAAACUUCUGCCCGGUUUUGGCCACCGGUUUGAGUGGCCUCUACUCAGUGCUACCGCGAAAGCUGACCAUAGUUGCGGAUGACUGGUACCGCCUCACUCAUGAGGACAUUCAGGAGUUCCCAGAGCUCACCAUGUUCCUCAACUCCCUAGAGUUCUGCAAUGCAGUGAUUCAGGUGUCUCACGCAAUGGUCCAAGAGCAGCUUCUAGAGUACAUCUACCAGGGGUUCCUGAUACCUGUCAUGGGGCCUGCUCUGCACCAGAACACACUGGAGGAAAUAGUCACUGCGACAGCAUACCUAGACCUCUUUUUGAGGACAGUCACGGAGCCCCAGCUGCUGUUGGUGUUCUUCAAGUUCCUGAUUACGGAGAGCUAUGAAAGCCACAGGAUCCUCAACACACUCAUAAACCGCAUUGGAGGACACUCUCGACUGUGCUUGGUAACAAUGGCACUUUUUCGGACGCUACUAGAUUUUAACUGCGAAGACAUCAUGUUGGAGCUCGUGCUCAAGUACCUGGUUCCCUGCUCCCAUGUGAUGGUGAGCCAGAGGAGUCGCGUCUGUGACAUAGAUCUUUACAGCUGUGCCGCCGAAAAGUUUCUCUCCCUCAUUCCUGCUUGCUGUACUGGCAUCAGUGCCGAGGAGGCCCAGCUACCGCUCCUGCGUGAUGGCUUUCCCAUGGAGAGAGUGAUGCACGGUGGAAGCCUUCAGAUACGCAGCCGCCGCCCCCGCCGCUCUUUCUCUGGGGUCCUGGGCAGCUACGAAUCAGGAGACAUGCCACGGUCCUUCACCGCUGUGCUCAACGGCGCCCAGCAGCCUCCAUCAGUGGCACAUACUGGCUAUCACUUGUACCUCGCGGACGCGCGUCAAGGGGUGCGCCUCACCAGGCGGGCAUGCUCAGGUUGGUCCUCGUCUUAUGAUGAGGCAUCAUCGGUGGAUCUCAAUGGGGCCACAGUUGCUCCGGACACAAAGACAGAAGACGCCUCUGCCGAGGAGAGCUCGGUGUCUGCGGGAGACUCUGGAAUCUUUGUAACGCGAGAAGCUGCCAAUAAGGGUGGCUUCGAAGCAUUUGGAAGCCCCAACAUCGGUCCAUUCCUGAGCAUAUUACUGACCAGGCUGGAGAUGAUGCCACAGAACAGCGUCUACAUUAACCUACAGUUGACGGCGCUCAUUGCACGGCUGGCCCUGUACCCUCAGCCCUUGCUGCGAUCGUUCCUCCUGAGCCAUUCACUUGUGUUUCAGCCAAGUGUCCGGUCACUCUUUCAGGUUCUUGGCUCUCUGAAGCACAAAGUGGACAGCUACUCCUACACACUGCAUAACUUUGAUGAGCUGCUUGCAAGGGCUAGGGUCUUUUUCGCUGUCAGGGAAGAAAGGCUACUGGCAGACACACCUCACAGGCUGUAUGGUGACCAAACUGCAGUGCGUCGAAGCCAAAGCUUUGCUGCGGAGUUCUCGAGAGGGGAGUCAAAACGGAGAAGCCUAGGAAGUUUCUUUCGAAGAACUGGCCUGCCAAAGACAAACCCUGUUCUCGUUGAAACAGGUGGCGAGGAGAAAAGCUACAGGUUCAUAGCAAGGCCAUACCCGAGCGAGUUCACAGAAGAAGGUACCAGACUGGAGUCCAUCAAAACUCAAAAUGCAGUGUUGGCAGCUGUGGUGCUGGAGGAGUUCCUGAAGGAGCUCGCUGCCAUCAGCCAAGAGCACGCCAUCCAGCAGCUUGCCUCAUGACAUCAUCUGACAAGACAUACCCAUUGUCAUUGGGGUGGAUUCCUCCACAAUGAACCAGCACUGAGAUUCUUUGUAUAGUGUUUACACAAGCUCCGUUGCGUGUAUGUGCAUGCGUUCUGUACCAUACUGAUGCUAGGUCUGUAUAGAUAGAGUAUUUUAUAGAGAAGAGCCUCUUUGAUGAGUUAGCGCCUGGGUUCUGUGGUUUUUAAUUUCAAUGCUGUUUGGUGUGCAUCACAUCUUCAGAGAGCCCCCAGAAGAUCUGAAUGAGAUAACGGCAGUGCUAGCCACUUUGGCAUUCCACAGGCAAGUCUGAAAUGUUAGGAGCCUUCUUCAUUUGGUCAGCAUAGCUUUAAGAGCUUUGUUGUUCCUGCACACAAGAGUUGGCAAGGUGAAGAGGACAGUACAAAAGAUAACAGUGUAAAUACACUUUGUUGCAGGAAACUGCAAGCUUUAGGUCUGCUAGUGGAAGCCAUAGUGACCUGCAUAACAGUGAAGGGGAAAAGGUGCAAUGUUGUUGACCUGUUUGUUGUCCUUCCCAACAGCGAAGUUUGCAGUUUGUGUUUCAAUGUAGCUUUGAAAACUUGUGCAGAGCAGAAGUUAGCACUGCUGCUGUCCUCAGUGUUCCAGCAUCUUCUGGUUAUGUAAUACCACCACUGUCACCACCAUCAUCAUUUACUGUCAGUUCUGAAGCAACGGGCAUGCACAAAUGAGUUAUAUUUUCCUGUGCAGCUUCAGUUUUCUAGUGUGGAAGACAAGGUUUAUGUCCGUUUUUCUUUUUUCUUAUUGUUUGCUUUCAAAGCUUAGGACACAGCUGCUUGUAUUUGAGGACUCCUCUCAGAAGUGGGUUUUACUAGCACUUUUUUGAUCAACAAACUACAUAUUACUAUUACAUUAUGUAAACUGCCCAUAAUGCACUAGAAUUUCUUCCUAUAUGUCUUUACUGUCCCCCCCCCCCCCCUCCUUUCUUUUUCUCUAUGCAGUCACUGUUUCAAGGGCCAAGAUCUCAGCAAUGUUCAAAUGUUUCAAUGUGUUGAUUGCAUGCCAAGAAUCCUUGGCCCCUUAUUUACUUUUUUUUAGCAGCACUGUCACACUUUGAAUUUCAGGGUUACAUGAACUGCAAAGCAUUAGAAUGCUUGUGCCAGACAAAUGAAAUAUGCGAGUAGCUGGUUAUAAAAGUGCCAGUCAUUAAGUGUAGCAAUGCUCAUAAUUUGGUGAGACAGGUGUUCAAGCUGAGCUGCAUUUUCUGAACUGAACCUACCAUUAAUGUUUUAAUGUAUGUAAAUGUAUUGUCCAAGGGCCAUAAUAAUUCCUUUCCUUCAAUCCUAUCCUUUCCUUUCCUUAUCUGUCAUGCGAACUGGCCAAACCCAGCAUAGCAUAGGUGAAAGACAAUGAUGAAAGGUCAAAAGAAUAGAUGAAGAAAAGAAACAUAAAGUCUAGGCCCUGUUUGCAAGGCCACUUAUUUUACAUCAUUUCGGAACAUGGAUGUCACAAAUCAUUACCAUAAAUGCUCUUUUGCAUGUAGGCUACUGAAAAUGCAUUUGCCUUUGCUAGGCAACAGGAACUACAUAAGCUGCACAUUCUUGCUUCUAAAGAAAAAAAGAGAGAGAAGAACAGCACAUGGCGAAUAUACAAAUUCCACCAUUGCAGCUGGAUUUCAUGGUUAGGUGUGUUUGCCAGACCAUUAGGAGCAACCACUUUACAACUUAAGUUUUAGUAACUACUAGCUUAAGUUAUGGUUAAUACUGAUUACAUUUUUUUUUCUAUUUGUGGCAAGCCUGUACCUUAACAUCUGUGUCGCUAAAUGUUGCCCUGUUCCUGCUCCAUUUUGCAAAUAAGCACCAAUUGCUCUUAAAUGGACAUGUCAUGUAAGUGAGCAACAUUGGUGUUGCAGCAUGUGACACAUUAUCACACCACAUUUGAGCUUAUAUAGUUAUUUAAUUUUUAUUGGCAGGCCAACUGAAAGAAUGAACAAAGCUGGUCUGGCACGUCAAAUUAAAGGGCAUCAGCUGGAAGGGAGAAGUAUGCAAUUAGUGCAUUCUACUGGUCCAAACCUGCGGGGCUGAAACUUGGGAGAAUAGCCAAGGAGCUUGAGAAGAGAUUUAAGGACUGCGUGACAGAACGAGAAAUGGCAGGUGUAACUCUAAAACGCGGGAGGACAUCGGUAUCAAUUGGAGAGAAAACAGGUGUAAAUUCUGCACUGUGUUUUAUACAUGGCAGGCAACAACAUAGUGAAGGUUAAAAUGACUUCGCACCGCCUGCAUACAUAACUAAAAAAAAGUAGUGCAUGCCACAUGAAAGCCAGAAACAUAGCCAUGCUAUGUAAUUUGGCAUGAAAUCGCCUUUACAGGUUGCAGCUACAAUUAGUAAGAAAUUAUUGAGUAAAAGACAAAAAUAUAUGGCUCUCUUCAUUUUAAAACAAGUGGAAGGACUCAUUGUUAUGACUGAGCUCUUUGUACAGACAACACAGUGCACUGCCUGCAUUUACAACCAAAAUAUAGUGCAACACAUACUGGAAGUAAAUGAGUGCAAAAUGCUGUGAUUGCAUAAUUCUGAUUGUGGAAAUGUAUAACACUGUGAUUUGACAUGGCAUUAUGCACAAGGUCGCAGGUUUUAUUCUCGGUAAUGAAAUGGAAAAAUCCCCGUGUAUACUUAGAUUUAGGUGCACAUUAAAGAAUCCCACGUGUUCAAAAUUAAUCCGGAACCCUCCACUGCGAUGUCUCGUAGCCCCAGUGUUGAUUUGGGAGGGUAGUGAUCAUUGCUAGGUGGUGGCUGAAGAUGAAGGAAAAGAAGUGAGGUGGUGCAGAAAUAUGUGCAACAACAACCUCAUCACAAGGUUGCAGUAAAAAUGUUCCAUGCCGGUUCUCAUCUCUGCCUUGCCCUGUCACAGCUACAGUACGUUAAACCGCAUGAAUCGGUCAAAUCAACACACAAUUUGUUCCAUCUGCUGUACUCCUAUUACAUGAAAUAGUAAUUCAGAAUAAGACAUAGCAGAUUAAAAGCCAUACCACCACAAAACAUGCAGAGUGAUGCAGUUCUACAGCUGCACUACUUCAGUAGCUUGAGGACCAUUGCUUGCCAAGUGCGAAACAGAGUAGGGUUGAAAUUAUGAUAAAGAUGUGGAGUUAGGCAGGUCAGGUAAUGCAUAGAGAAGAUAACCGUUGUCUGUUAGUGACAGAAUUGAUGUUGAGGAAAAGUAAGCAUGGUCAAGUGGCGACAGAGCCUUACGUGGAUUGACGAGUUUAGGACAUAUGCAGGUGUAAGGUGGUUUUUGUUGAUACAGGGCAAAGGUGAUCGGAGACCUUUUGAAGACACCAUGUUCUGGACUCAAUCAUUGAAAAGGCUAACUUAGCCGCCUAUCAAUCUUCCUGUAUUUACAAUUCACUGUGCUGUGCUGUGCACAACUGUGCCUUUAACAUUGUCACUGGAGGUGUCAGCAGACAUAGUUUCUCCGUCUUCACAGUGUUGCACAAUUCUAAAACACUGCACAUCUCAUGCAUGAAUGUGUCAUAACCACUGAAGCACUCUUACUGCUGGAUUUGCUUUGUAGUGCAUUUUACCUGUUGAAUUGCUCACUAAAGGUGUUCUGGAGUGUAGAAUAUUUUAAUGGUAAGUUCUGCUUUAAAUAAAUGACAAACAGUUGACAAUACUGUUUAAGUGGUAGCUGUUGUGGUAUAGCUGUGUUCUAUUACUACUUGGGGACUGUAUUUCUCUUGUAGAGAAAAGCAGUGUAGUUCAGAAACUUGUACAGAGCAGCUUAUCGUGUGAAAACACAAGCAACAAGUUAUUUUGCUGUGAUGGUUGGAUGGCAGGAGUCAUUGCAUAUGUUACCAUAGGAGUGCACGAAAGUAACAAAGUAAGUUUGUAUCCUCACGUAUGUCAUGAUCUGAGAAGUAUGGCUAGUUGGUUAAGUUCCAUACUGUGAAAAGCAUGAAAGUGGCGAGGAGGGAGGGGGGAUAAUAGUACACGCUGUUAUAACGCUUUGCGUGUACUCCAAUUUCCUGCCUUUCAGCUGCUAGCGCCAUGCUGCCUUGCUGGUGUCUGCGACCACAAUAACUGCUUUCGUAUAGGUCUUUUGUGUUAAGAGUUUUUAUCCCAUUUUGUUUUGCAGAGUGCAUGACAAAACCUUCAAUAGUCAAUCAAUGCUGGCGUCAUCUCGCCUUUCUGUCUUUCACGCUGUUCACAGUAUAACGUUGGCUACUUCUGUUUGCAAUGUAAAAGACAUGCAGAAAUCUGUGUGUGCAAGCCUAUUGUACAUAGAGGUUAGAUUGCCCAUUUUCCCUCUGCAUUCCCAAAUGUUAAAGAAAUUUGUGAUAUAUUGAAAGAUGAGUUGUUAUUGAGAUAUAGAAGACAAAUUCUGCAUUACUUCUCUAAGCCCGUAUUGUUCAUAUUAUAGAAGUAGUUCUUGAUAGUUUUUCAAUUACUAGGAGCUAUUUAUGUACUUUGUUGGAUCAAGUUGGCUUAUCGCACUGCUGGCAGAAUUUUGUUUUUGUUUCCUCCGUGCUUUCUUGAGCUUUCUAGUGGCCCAACUUCCAGCUGUUGCCAUGAGAACAAUUGUAUAUCUUCUCUGCGCAGAGGAUCCCUAAUCCUGCAAGCAGUCUAGACACAACCAGCAUUUCUUUGUGGCAACAAGAGAAACCGAGAACUGCAGCAUGAAAUAAAAACACCCAGCUGCCUCUAUGCUUGAUAAAUUAUCCGACUGCAUGGUUCAGGUCAUGGAGAUUAAUGUAACAAUUACAUCUGUUGUCUGUGGGAACCAUCAGUACGGCAGUUUGUCAGAAUGAUGGGUAGUGCAUGGCUCAUAGUAGAGUCAGUCUCCACCGUCCUCAUGUGUUUGCUUAUGUUAUCCUCUUUGACACUAGUUGCGCAGAGUCAACACACUGCAGUGAUAAACCUCUUGAAAGAAUCUUUAGCUGCUUUCAGAGUUACUCCCGGUGAGCAUGUUGGAGUUUCGCCCAGAUUUAGAAACACAAAUGCAUGUACAUUGCUUUGACAUGCUGAAAACUAUGGGAUAAUCAAGCAGUUCCGAGUUUCGAAGAAUUCAGCUGAUGCGAAAAAAUUUUGCAAUGCAAAGGAAACAUGAUUUGAACAUAAUAAAAGCCUCAAGAGAAUUCUCAACCAAGUAAAGUCUAACCACUGUCCAUGAUUGACGCCCCCUGAUGAUAAUUCAACUUCUGUGGUUCUGCCUACCUACCAAACUUGGGAAGGUAUACAAAACAGUAUAUCCCUGUAUUCUAUUUGCAAGAGCCUUUAUUGUACAUAGCCUUCAAGAAUUUGUUGCAUCAAGUAGCCCAAGGCAAGUUUUUUUUUUGUGUUGUUUUCAUAAGAGCAUAUGGAAUGUGCGUGCUUGCACACAUGCUGUAAAUAUUGUGAUGCCGCAGCUGUGUUUUUACCUGCUCCACCUCUUGGCUUGGACAUUUGUUAGUUGCUUUAGCAGUUUUUAGAGUUGGCCACACCAUUACCUUUCUCUGGGUGGAUUUGCACAAGGCACCAUGUGCCAAGGUUCACCAACAUUGGGUAUUUUGUUGCAACAUGCAAACUGUGUAGAUAAGCUGCUCAUUCACACAUGGCUCUAAUAAAGGCAUGAGAACACCA